AUGCAUGGCUCAGGCUCAUCACCCCUCUCUCAGGCCAGCUUUUGCCUUGCCGAUGGCCUUGGAUACGCCCUGCAACAGACCCACCGCUCCGUCAUCCGACUAAACUUACAACACUUUCUCUGGCGUGAAGUCUUUGGCUUCCACAUCCACCCCUCGGUCCACUUUCCCCCUUCAGACAAUUCUACUGACCCCUAUUCUCAUCCCACCAUUGCCGACAUUGCUACAGGCACAGCUUUGUGGUUGAUUGACGUAUCCUGCGACUUCCCCAACAGCCGGCUGGACGGGCUAGACAUCGACCUCUCCCAAGCUCCUCAUCCUGGGUGGCUACCCUCCAACAUUAGUCUGCGACAUUGGGAUGUCUUUGCGGACGUACCCACGAGUCUUGAGUGCCAGUAUGAUCUCGUGCACGUGCGGCUGCUCGUUUUGGUGCUCUCGGGCGUAGACCCAAUACCUGUGAUCCGGCGACUAUUCCAGUUAGUGAAACCCGGCGGCUACAUUCAGUGGGAUGAGCUGGACUGUGUGAACAUGAAUAUCAAGAAAGUGAACCCGUCUGUGCAGGCGCCUGCGCUUGAGGAAAUCCGCGUUGCCUCCUACGCCAAUGGGCGACAUGAUUGGGUGUUGGACUUGCCGCGCCUGCUCAACCAGGCAGGAUUCCAGGAUGCGAAACUAGACUACUACGAUGAGGGACCGGAAUUGGUUAGGGCCUUUAACGACCAACAUUUGAUGACCAUGGAGGAGUUUGCGUCAAAGCUGAUGCAAAAUGGCAAGGCCGAGGCCGCUGCAAGCUUUUUCAAGCUUAUUCAGGCUGGGUACCAGGAAUGUGUGGACGGGGCUGCGUUGUCCAUCCCUCGGGUAGUGGUGGUGGCGAAGCGCCCCGGCUCGGCUUGA